ACGCUGGUAGGAUCCAUAAUGGUACAAGCAGCAUCCUGCAGCACAAUGGUCGCAGGACGGUGAGCGCGCAGUGAUUCAGCAUCGCAAAGCAGGCUUUAACCUUUCUAUUUUACUUCAUCUGCUUUAUUUCUUUGCAACCAUUUGUUUCGUCCUUGACGUGAUUUUUAAAAUCAUCGCUUUCCGGAAUGUUUUGAACAGGACUUGACUGUCACCGGACAGGGAUCGGCGGGCAUCUGGCACGGAAUGGUAUUUAUGAACAGACAUUUCUUAUAUAACUGCAGUGCUCCAGUCCUGGAUGUGAAGAUAGCCUUUUGUCAGGUGUGUGUUCCAUACAGGUAAAAUAAAAGGGUUUUGGCAAACAAGUUGAUGUUUCUUACAUUGCCCAGCAUUACAACAUGAGUAAAAGCAAAGUGGACAACCAGUUCUACAGCGUGGAAGUAGGAGAUUCCACCUUCACGGUUCUCAAAAGAUACCAAAAUCUAAAGCCCAUUGGUUCUGGGGCUCAGGGAAUAGUGUGUGCUGGAUACGAUGCAGUCCUGGAUAGAAAUGUGGCUAUUAAGAAACUCAGUAGACCCUUUCAGAACCAGACUCAUGCCAAAAGAGCAUACAGGGAGCUGGUGCUUAUGAAAUGUGUCAAUCACAAAAACAUCAUCAGCUUAUUAAACGUCUUCACACCACAGAAGUCUUUAGAGGAAUUUCAAGAUGUAUAUCUGGUUAUGGAGUUAAUGGAUGCAAACCUUUGCCAGGUGAUUCAGAUGGAGUUGGACCAUGAACGAAUGUCCUAUCUUCUCUAUCAGAUGCUUUGUGGAAUCAAACACCUGCAUUCAGCUGGUAUCAUACACAGGGAUCUGAAACCUAGCAAUAUUGUGGUGAAAUCUGAUUGUACACUGAAGAUCUUGGACUUUGGGCUGGCGAGGACUGCGGGCACUAGCUUUAUGAUGACACCUUAUGUAGUUACACGAUACUACAGGGCUCCAGAAGUCAUUCUGGGCAUGGGCUAUAAGGAAAAUGUGGAUAUUUGGUCAGUUGGUUGCAUCAUGGGAGAAAUGGUGCGCCACAAAAUCCUCUUUCCCGGCAGGGACUAUAUCGACCAAUGGAAUAAGGUUAUAGAGCAGCUCGGCACACCCUCUCCUGAGUUCAUGAAGAAACUGCAGCCAACUGUGCGUAACUACGUGGAAAAUAGGCCAAAAUACGCUGGCUUGACUUUUCCGAAACUCUUUCCUGAUUGCCUCUUCCCUGCAGACUCAGAGCACAACAAACUCAAAGCAAGUCAGGCUAGAGAUCUGUUGUCUAAGAUGUUGAUCAUUGAUCCGGCCAAGCGGAUAUCAGUGGACGAGGCCCUGCAGCAUCCUUACAUCAAUGUGUGGUACGACCCGGCCGAAGUGGAGGCAGCCAGGAAUCAGCACAUAUCGAUGCCUCCUCCACAGAUCUAUGAUAAACAGCUAGAUGAGAGGGAACAUUCGAUUGAUGAAUGGAAAGAGCUCAUCUAUAAAGAGGUGAUGAACUUUGAAGAGAGAACUAAGAAUGGUGUUGUGAAGGGACAGCCCUCUCCCUCAGGUGCAGCCGUGAAUAGCAGCGAGAGCCUCCCUCCCUCCUCAUCCGUCAACGAUAUCUCCUCCAUGUCCACCGACCAGACCUUGGCCUCCGACACCGACAGCAGCCUGGAGACCUCCGCAGGACCGCUGGGGUGCUGCAGGUGACUAACCGCCUGUCUGCGCAACCCCAUGUUCUUCAGAAGAUGAACCUGACCGAAAUCUUCAAAUGUCUCUCAAAAGAAUCUCAUUAUGAAAAAAUGUGGGUUAAAAAAAUUAUAAAUAUACGCGUAAAAUAUGUAUCAUCAAAUUACGAAAGUAUGCAUUUUCAUUCAAAGAAAACGACGUCUGAAUAUGUAUAUUUACCAAUUUUAACUAGUUGCUUUGAAUCCCCUUCAUGUGGCACCCAAAAAGCAAAAUAAUUUAAAAAACAGGACUUAAUCAGGCAUCUCUAAAGUGUACAUUGACUGGCUCGUAAUAUCUAAUACCUUGCGAUUUUCUGUGCUUUAGUGGAUGUGGCAGGGUGGGCUUUUAUUUUAAUGAGCACUGUAUAAUAUCGAUCACUUGUAUUCUCCUUUAAUGUGAUGGUUUUUUGCUCACACUUAAUUUUUUGGGCGGUUUUGGAUAGGCUGGUGUGUCUGUGUGCGACUCCUAUUAGAGUUCAAUACUUUAUGUAAUAUGGCGCCCCCUAUCUUUUGUAUAUAUGUAAUUGUGUACAGCAGCGAGGUGAUGGGACUGUCGGCCAGUAGAGAAAGUAUUGCGCACCUUGCCACAUCACAGCUGUCACCUGUUCCCUUUUGCCUGUAGUCUUGCAUGGUCAGCGAAAAA